AUGAGCAAACGAGCCGACCCUCCGGUGAAAAAAAAUGCAUUUGUGCACAAAUUAUACUCGAUGUUGAAUGAUAAGAGUCUUUCGCAGUUGAUAUGGUGGACGGGAGGCGAAGAUAGCAAUACUUUUGCCUUAUUUCCGGGGAAAGAAUUUGCUUCGGUAUUAACUCGUUAUUUUAAACAUGGCAAUGUGGCGUCAUUCGUUCGACAACUUCAUAUGUAUGGAUUCCACAAAGUGUCUGAUCCUCACGCCCAUAAACAAGAUGAUGAUGAUUCACAACCACCAAUCUGGGAAUUUAAACAUUCUAGCGGCAAAUUUCGCAAAAAUGAUGAAAGCUCUUUGCUUUACAUCAAACGUAGGUCUUCGUCUAACAGUUCGCGAAGCAACUUUUCGGACCAUGAAUCCAACUAUUUGAUACCCACAUCCACCCCGUCUCCUACUUAUGACGGCUACCAUCAAUUUCCCCACCCUCCUCCAUCUUCCCAUCCACACCAAUAUAUUCAACAACCACAACUGCAAUUAACUCAACAUCCUCAGCAACAUCCUCAACCCCAGCCUGUUGGAUACCCAUACUAUGUACUUCCCACUGUGGGAUCAAUGCAGCAGCCUCCUGUCCAUGUUUAUGGUCAGCGUGAAGGUACUCCUCAACCAGAAGAUGGUGAAGAAAGAACACAAUAUGUCCAGCCAUACGCUCCAAAUCUUCAAUUCAGGCGGAUUUGGGACCCCAAAGAUGAUGAGCCUCGUCGCAGAAAAUCAUCUCUCUUAUAUGACCCAUUGGCUACCUCUGGAGCUUCAGGGACUCACGCUAAGCAUCAUCUAGUGGACGUACAGCACCAGCAACAUCAAACGAUGAAUGAAUAUCAAAUUCAACGCCCAGUUACUCCUUCAGGCACUUUUGUGCCUGUUAUGGGAACUCAAUCAAGGUCACUUCCAAGUUCACUUUCUGGUCCUAUGCCUCCCCACCUGAGGUCACAUCCAAACUCACAAUCCACUCCCGGUCGCAUCAAACUUCCACCUCCAUCCUCGCUCGCUUCAUUCUCUUCUUCUAGGAACAGCUCGCCCGGUCCAGGCGAUUUGGUGUCGCGCAGUGUUCCUUCCAGCUUAAGCAAUGAAUCCUCUAACAAACUGCUGCCGAUAACACUCCUUGACCGACUUCGUCCGUCGCUCGUCGAGCUCCACUCCAACCCGUUGGCCUCCCUGCAGAAAAACUCGAUCGAUUCGCAGUCUUCAUACAAUUCAAUCUUUUCAGCGUCGUCUUCCAUAUCGUCGGAUUCCUCGUUUCCAAGAAACUCAUCGUUUGGAUCCAUUUCUUACGUCGGUGGAGAAUCUACGAAAGCAAGCAUUCUGAUCGGGCCUCAUGAAAUUCCUGAAGACCACCCACGAUCAACUGCAAAACAGGUAGAAGUAUCACCAGAUGCCAUAGAUGAAAUUCCUGACCAUCCACCAACCACCACUCGCCCCAAUCUUGUACGAAGCCUUACUCCACCGGCAACUUUCCCUAACAAAGUAUACAAGCGGCCCGCCAUACAAUCACCACAUCCACGAACAUCAUCUUUGCAAGCUACACAUUCUCACGGGUACCAGAAGGUACGAUCUCACACACUGUCACCGCUUUCUCGCUACUCCUAUGGACAUAUCGAUGUCAAAGACCAGCGCUCGCGGGUGUCGAUCACAUCGCUUUUGGUUGACAAACCACCCCCAAGUUCUCGAUUAUCGGAUAUCAAUUCCAUAAUCAACGAAAGUGAAGAGAAUAGCAGCACCGGCAGUGUCAGCAGUGAGGAACAGAACUAUAGGAGACAACGGGUAGACCAGUAG